UGCAAAGAUGGGAAAAGCAGAGAACAGCAUAAGGCAGGGAAUCAAGUGAUUGAUUUCAACCGGGAAUAACUUAGCCGGCGGGGUAAAGACCAACUGACUUUUGGCCACUACUCUCCAGCUAUAAAUAGACCACACCCGCAUGCGUUAGGUGCCGUGCAUCCAUCAGGUUCCUUGUGUUUUUUCAUGCAUAUGCUCGUUCUUCUUUUCGCUAUUGCAAAGCCAAGAGUGCAACGCAACAUCGCCCCUUUACCACGAAAACCGCCAUGGCCAGAGGCUACGCAGGCCGGCUCCAGGCCUUCUCCAAAGCCGCUCUUCUUGGUUUGGUCCUCUUAUCCAUGGUGACCUGGGUGCUGCAUGCAUGUUCUUGCCUGAGGGCCUUCCUCUUUGUGUCACUUCCUUCUGCUGCUUCAGCGAUCGCCACACCCAAGUGCCUCUUCAUCUUCUCCAACAUCAUCGUCCUCUUCCUCGCCACCGAGUGCAGGCUCUCGCGGAACGGUGCUCGAUCCACAAGCACUAGCGACGAUGACAUAGAUGCUGUGGUCCGUGAGCUUGUGGCUUUUACACACGCACUCAAAGAGACCCAUGCUGCAGAAGAGAUCGUCAAAGCAGAACAAGAAGUUAGUGUACGCAUGACCACGCAGCAGCUAGAUCAAUGUGAAAAGGAAGAAGAGAGUGACGUCGCACUGCUUAAUAAUUUAGGUGAUGACCUGCAAGAAGAGGUGAUGAAGGAAGAAGACUGUGAGGAGGCAACGGAGCUGCCUACCGAGGAGCUGAAUAGGAGAGUGGAAGACUUCAUUGCAAGAUUCAACAUGGAGAGGCAGCUCGAGGCAAGGAUGGUCGUGUGUUGCUGCUGACGAAAGUGGCUUAAUCAUGUUUGUUUUUGUGUGAUUAAGGUAUUUACCAAAGCUGGUACUAGUAACUUAUCAAGUCACUUGUGUUUUGUAAUUAAGGUAUUUGCCAAAGCUGGUACCGGUACCUUAUCAAGUCACUUGUGUUUGUGUAAUUAAGGUAUUUGCCAAAGCUGGUACCGGUACCUUAUCAAGUCAAAUGUGCAGCAAGCUGAAAUAAUAUGCUUGUGAUGUAUAUUCCACGUUUGCUAUUAUGCAAGCAACAUAAUUACACAUUCCUUCUUUA